AAUGAAACUUUAUCAGCUUAUCGCGCAUUGAAUAUUUUUAUUUUAAGAUUUUGCGCAACAAAUGCUGAACUGGGACCAGUCCAUUGCGGUCCCGUUAGGUGUCGUGUCCUGUUUACACAUUCGUCUUUCGUCUGUCAAAUAACUACGUGAUCAACAGAAUGCCCGGUUACAAACUCUACUACUUUAACGUCCGAGGACGUGGAGAGCUUUCUCGGUUAAUUUUGCAUUGCGCUGGAGUUCCGUUCGAAGAUUUCCGCUUCGAAGGCAAAGAUUGGCCAGCUAUUAAACCGAACAUGCCUUUUGGGCAAGUCCCGGUCUUGGAAAUAGAUGGAAAUAAAAUGUUGGCCCAGUCUCACACAGUUGCUCGCUAUCUAGCACGCCAGCAUGGAUUAGCUGGUCAAAAUGACUGGGAGCAGAGCCAAGCUGACAUGUAUGUUGAUUGCAUUUAUGAUAUGCAUGGAACCAUGAGAACACCAACUUGGGAAACAGAUCCUGUAAAGCAAAAAGAACUUUUCGAUAAAGUCAAUGAAGAAACAAUUCAACCCCAUUUGGAGAAGGUUGAACAACACAUCAUUAAGAAUGGUAGUGGACAUCUAGUUGGCCAAGGGCUGACCUGGGCUGAUAUUGCGUAUUAUGCGUUUUUUACUACACCCAUCAUGACGCGUUUGGGCGGCGAAGUUUUUACCAAGGCUCCUCAUCUCAAGAAGCUGAUCGAAUUGGUUGGCAGUAAUCCCAACAUCAAAAAGUACGUCGAAACCCGACCUGUAACAUCUGGUGAAAUGACAAACUAUAAACUAAUUUACUUUAACGUCCGUGGACGGGCAGAACUUUCCCGACUGAUACUGCACUGCGCUGAAGUGCCGUUCGAAGACUACCGUAUCGAGCAUAGCGAGUGGCUUUCCCUUAAGCAAGAUAUGCCGUUCAGACAGAUACCCGUCUUAGUAGUUGAUGAUGGUUCCGAGAUACUGGCUCAAUCUAAUACUAUUGCCCGCUAUUUGGCCAAACGGCAUGGACUGGCCGGAAAGGACGACUGGGAAAGAAGUCAAGCGGAUAUGUUCAUCGAUUGCGUUUACGAUUUGCACGCAGGAAUGCGUCCAGUUGCACGCGAAAAGGACCCGGAGAAACAACAGGAAGUGUUCGACAAAGUCAACGAGGAGACGAUUCAGCCUCACGCGAAGAAGAUCGAACAAUUUCUCGUUCAGAAUGGAACCGGAUUUUUGGUCGGCAAUGCUGUAACGUGGGCUGAUAUCGCUUAUUAUGCAUACUUCACGACCCCUAUGAUGGAACGCUUGGGUGGACGCGUGCUGGAGGACCACCCGCACUUGAAAAAACUAGUGGAACACGUUGGUAAUAUCCCAUCCAUCAAGAAAUAUAUUGAAAAACGACCGACUACAUUGAGAUAAAUUUAUGACAAACCAAAAAACAUAAGACAUGUGGAUAGAACUCAAGAAAAUAUAAAAAGAGUACGAUUUCA